UAAGUUUUUCGUUUAUUCACUAUAAAUAUUGUGAAUCGGUACGUCACAAUCAACCUUUAUCUCAACAUAAUUAAUUUGAUAAUUUGUUGGUGGUAUCUCUGUCUAAGCAAGAAGAAUUUCAGUGAACGACCUUGCCUUCUGACGAAUGUCUGAGUAUUGGAAUUAAUUGUUGUUAUUCUAUAAAUAAAUAAAAACUUAUCAAGUUACGAAAAAAUUAUUCUGAGUAAUUAAUGAAAGUUUACAGUAUUACCUGUUUUUAAUAUUUAAAUAAAUAUUUGGAAAGUUGUUUGAAUAAAAAUUAAGUGAUAAACAAAACGUUGCUGUGAUAUAAAUCUAACAAAAAAAAAUUAAAUAAUGAAUUUUAACAAAAAAUAUUAAAAAGAAAAAAUAAUUACCACAAAAAAUGGAAUCAAAUCAAAAACCGUUAAAGGAAAAUCCUCGUGCCAAAGCAAAUAUUUUGUCAAUUUUAACAUUUUGGUGGACAAUAGACCUCUUUAAACUAGGUUAUCGUAAAGUUCUAGAGUUUGGUGAUCUCUUCAAGCCCCUCGACUAUGAUUGUUCCGAAGCAUUAGGAAAUCGCCUAGAAUAUAAUUGGUUCAAACAAGUAAAUAGCCCUGGAAGACCUUCGUUGGUCAAAGCGCUUGCACGAACAUUCUGGCGCGAAUAUACGGUGUUGGGAUUUGUGCAAGCUUUUAAUGAUUUGUUCAUCAGAAUUGCGCAGCCUUUAGUACUGGGACGACUUUUGUUGUAUUUUAGACAAGAACCUGCUAUAACAUCUGACGAAGCAAUCUACUAUGCCGUCGCACUGGUCGUCCUAAAUGCCUUGAGUGCAAUUUCCAUCAACCAGUACAUCCUUCACUCGUUCCAGAAUGGCAUGAAAGUUCGUAUCGCGGUUUGCAGUGCCGUUUAUCGCAAAGCCCUGCGUUUAUCAAGAACCGCUUUGGGAGACACGUCGCCCGGUAAAGUCGUGAACCUCUUAUCAAACGAUGUAAACCGUUUUGACAUCGUUUCCGUGUUCAUCCACUCGAUGUGGAGUGCUCCCUUAUUGACAUUCAUCGUCGGUUACUUGCUGUGGAUCGAAUCUGGAUGGGGAGGUCUCAUCGGUAUGUUUGUCAUUUUCAUUGUGACACCAAUUCAGGCAUACACGGGCAAACUUUCGUCCAAAUUUCGUCUCCAAACUGCCCUGAGAACGGAUGAACGGGUGCGUUUAAUGGACGAAAUCAUCUCCGGCAUACAAGUCAUCAAAUAUUACGCAUGGGAAGUACCGUUUGCGAAAUUAAUUCAACUCGCACGGAAGAUGGAGUUGAAAGUUGUGCGGAAAAACAGCUAUGUGAGAGCUCUUUAUAUGACAUUCAUGCUAUUUACCACGAGAAUGGCUCUUUUUGCGACCAUGUUAGCGAUCGUUGUGCUCGGAGACGAACUUACGGCAUCAAAAGUUUACGUGACAGCUGCUUAUUAUGGCAUUAUUGCAAGUACAAUGUCCCAAAUGUGGGUCCGAGGCAUUGCCGAGAUCGCAGAAGCUUUCGUCUCGCUUCGUAGAAUCCGAAAAUUCUUGGAAUACGAGGAAGAGGAGAACGAAAGGAUCAAAUACAACCAAAAAUAUGUCAAAGAAAUCAAAACAAAUGGAGAUAUUAAGAUCAAGGACAGUAAAAAUGGCGAUGCUGACCUUCCGCCGAAAAUCGCGCUUCAAUUAAGGAACGUUACUGCCAAAUGGGAUGCCGUCAAAGAACAAGGCGUCAUCAUCAAAUCGAAAAAAAUUAAAAUUCUCGACCCAGUGGCGGAUGAUGAGACCCGUUUGACGCUCGACAACAUCAAUCUCGACGUCAAAAGUGGCAAACUCAUCGGAAUUGUGGGUCCCGUGGGCUCUGGCAAAAGUAGUUUACUCCAAGCGAUUCUCCGAGAACUCCCUUUGCGAUCAGGAUCGAUUUCGUAUUCCGGUUCCAUCAGUUACGCCAGUCAAGAAGCGUGGAUUUUCGCAGCUACCGUACGUCAAAACAUCCUUUUCGGUCAGGAAAUGAACAAGGAACGCUACGACGCCGUCGUCAAAGUCUGUGCCCUGGUCAAAGAUUUCGAGCAACUUCCGUGCGGCGACUUGACGAUCGUUGGCGAACGUGGCACUGCGCUGUCUGGCGGUCAAAAAGCACGAAUUUCACUUGCACGUGCCGUUUAUCGGAAAGCUGACAUUUAUUUGCUGGAUGAUCCGUUAUCGGCGGUCGAUGCGCACGUUGGACGACACUUGUUCGAGGAGUGUAUCGGGCACAAAGGUCGCUUGGGGAAGCAAAAAGCAACACGAAUUUUGGUGACGCAUCAAGUGCAUUACUUGAAAGAUGCGGAUUUUGUGGUUGUUUUGAAGGACGGCAAGAUUGAACAUAUGGGAUCGCCUCAGGAACUCUCGAAAAUGGGAAUAGAUUUCUCGAAAAUGCUCGAAUCCGACGAAUAUCGCGACGUUAAUUCCGAAGUUGAUGAGCAAUCGAAACAGGGAUCUCGUGCGGGAAGUCGCAGCAGAAAAAGUUCCGUGAGUUCGACGGGUUCGCAGAGUUUGGGGUCGUCAGAUGGCAGUGACGAUGAAGACGAAAAGGACGAAGAAAAGGGAAAACAACAAAAUAAUUUGGAGGAAAGUAGCAAAGGAAAAGUCAAAAGCGUUUUUACGAAAUAUUUGAGGGCGGGAUCGCAUCCCGUGCUGUUUGUCGGCAUUUUUGCGCUUUUCUUCUUGACUCAAGCAAUUGCCAGUUCGAUCGAUUGGUGGACCAGUUAUUGGACGUCGCAAGAAGAAUGGCGUGGAUACUUGAAACAAAAUGAAACGGAAGACUUGGUCAUGAAUGGCGGCGAGGAAGAUGUCACGUUACCCCCUCCUUACGCGAAUUAUUUCAUAAAUAUCUUCAGUGGAUCGAUUGCGGCGUUAUUUAAUGAGCCGCAACCGUUGAGCAGUAGAGUUUGUGCCAUCAUUCACGGGUCGUUGCUUGGAGGACUUUUCUUUUUCGCCAUCACGCGAUCGAUUGCUUUCUACAGAUCUGCCGUUAGAUCGUCUCAAAAGUUGCAUGAUGAAAUGUUUGAAGGAGUUGUUGGUGCCCCGAUGAGAUUUUUCGAUACGAAUCCCAGUGGAAGGAUUUUGAAUCGUUUCUCCAAGGAUUGUGGCGCCGUUGACGAAUUCCUCCCGAAAGCAAUCCUCGAUGCGGGUCAAAUUCUCCUCAACAUGGUUGGAGCGAUCGUUGUCACUGCAUUCGUCAACUACCUCUACAUGAUCCCGAUUGUCAUUCUUGGCGUUAUCUUCCAGGUCAUUCGUAAAAUUUACCUGAAAACAUCGAAAAACAUCAAACGCCUGGAAAGUAUUUGCCGUUCGCCAGUUUUUACGCAUCUUGCCGCCACUUUGAAUGGACUGCCAACAAUUCGAGCGUUUUCCGCGCAAAAUGCAUUGACACAGGAGUUUGACGAUUUGCAAGAUGUUCACACAGCGGCAUGGUACAUGUUCAUAACGACAUCAACAGCUUUUGGUUUCUGCUUGGAUAUCAUGUGCAUGAUAUUUUUCGCGAUUGUGACCUUGAGUUUUCUCGUGUUACCAAAGGGCGGAGAUCAAGUUGGCUUAGCAAUUACUCAAGUUAUGGCUUUAACAGGAAUGGUUCAGUGGGGCGUGCGUCAAAGUGCUGAAGUCGCCAAUCAAUUGAUGUCCGUGGAACGAAUUAUUGAGUACAAAACGAUACCAAAAGAGAAACAACCCGAAAAAGCAGUGGAAGUAGCAAAAGAAUGGCCCACGGAGGGAAAUAUAAAAUUCAAAAAAGUCAGUUAUCGGUACCAUGAAGAAGGAGAUUUCGUUCUCAAGGAUUUGGAGUUCGAAGUAAAAUCCGGUGAAAAGAUCGGAAUCGUUGGUCGCACAGGGGCCGGCAAAAGUUCGUUAAUCGGAGUCCUGUUCCGCAUCGCCAUCGUUGACGGUGAAGUCAUCAUCGAUGACAUCGACACAUCCCGAAUUCCCCUCACCAACUUGCGACAAAAGAUUUCCAUCAUUCCGCAAGAUCCCGUUCUCUUUUCCGGCACGUUGCGUCGUAACCUGGAUCCUUUCGAGGAAUAUCAAGACUCGAAUUUGUGGAAAGCCUUAGAGGAAGUCGAAUUGAAGGACAUUGCGAGUGGUCCGUUGGGGCUUCAAACAGCAGUUGCCGCUGGCGGAAGCAAUUUCAGUGUUGGUCAACGACAAUUAUUGUGCCUGGCACGUGCGAUUUUGAGAAAUAACCGGAUUUUGGUAUUGGAUGAGGCAACAGCGAACGUCGAUCCCCACACUGAUGAAUUGAUCCAACUGACAAUCCGACGACAAUUCGCUCAUUGUACGGUAUUAACGGUCGCUCACAGACUUCAUACGAUCAUGGAUAGCGAUCGAGUGUUGGUUAUGGAUGCAGGACGAGCCGAAGAAUUUGGUCCCCCGCAUGAGAUUUUGCAAUUACCGGCGGGUAUUUUCAGAGAAAUGGUUGAAUCGACAGGUCCCCAAGAAAGUGGAAAAUUGAUGCAAAUCGCAAAAGAAAAGUACGAAAGUCGACAAUAAAUCGUCUUAGGAGUCAAAUAUUUAGUUACCUACUUCAAAUAUUCAGUAGUAUUAAUUUUUUUAAACGUAAGAAAUCGCCGAACGAACUUAUUUGUUCCGUAAAUUAAGUGUCUUCAACGUUGUUUGUACAAAAU